AUGAUGUUAUCCGCUCUUUUCAUGCUAAUCAUAAUUGAAGGAUUUCAUCAAUCAUCGUUAUGUACGAGCGGUAACAGCAUCGAAGGAUCUAAGGAUUUGAAUAUUAAACUUGAAAACUUGAAUCAAUUGCUUAACAAAUUGCAUUUGUCAAUGCAAAAACUUGAUGAGAAUUCUCAACGUUGGCCCAUUUGGCAGCAUCACGUCGAGUCAUGGAAUGACGGUCUACGCGUUAUCGAAAAUAAAUUGAAUUUAUUGAAACGUCUCGAAGAUGAACAACAAUCGCAAUUGCAAAAAAUAGAAAUCAUAAUAAAUACUGGAAUCGAUAGACAGGCGAAAAGCAAUUCGGAUGCUUUGCAUCGUUCAUUGCUAAGCGAUAUAAAAAAUCUCUUUAGCAGGGAAUGCAAGGAAAGGGAUCAAUCUCAUCAAUCUCAUAAAUUGAAUGAUAUAAUGCGUCAUCUGCAAAUAAUUGAUAUGAUGCUGCCAUCAACUGGCGGAGUUCAUUGCAAUAAUAAUCAAAGCAUUUUGUAUUUUCAAAAAUUCAAACAAUUGCACUCCUUGGCUAAGCGAAAUUCGAAAAGCUUGGACAAUAUAAUGCACAAUUUGGCUGAUAAUGUUCAUCGUCAAGAGGAAAUCAUAUCACUAUUGCAUCGCACUAACAAUUAUUGUUACGCUAUAACCAAUGAAUUGACAACAUUUACCGAAAGUUCCGAUGUUUUAUUAAAGCGUAUUGAGAAACUAUUGCAUAACGUCGACAAUAAAUUUCAAAAUGAUGAAAAUAGUAAAGAAGGAGAAGACGAAAAUGAAGACGAAGACGAAGACGAAGAAGAACAAGAAUUCUUAAGUGCAGAAGCUUCUACUACUGACAGUGGUAGUGGCGAAGAGAAGGAUUAUAAAAGAGCAAACGAUUUGGAAGAUAUUGAAUUUCUGCGACCACUUUUAAAAGAUUGUCACGAGUUACUUGAGGAAAUGAAUAGCUCAGGUGAAUCUCUAUUUAUGGAUGGUAUUUACAAAUUCGCUUCGCUCGAGUUAAACGAAGUGAAAAGAGAUUUUAACGAACGUUAUUGCAUUUAUCCGUAUGAAAAUCGAACAGGCUGGCCAUGGACUUUAAUACAACAUCGUGGUCCCUAUGCAAGACAAGAAAAUUUCAAUCGUUCUUGGUCCGAUUAUCGUAAUGGUUUCGGCUCGUUAACAAGAGAUUUUUGGUUUGGAAACGAAUUCAUACAUCGUCUAGUCUACGAGAAUGAUUAUGAAUUACGCAUUGAAUUAGAAGAUUUCAAUGGCACGCAGACAUGGGCCGAGUAUGGUGUAUUUCGUGUUGACUCUGAAAAAUAUAAUUACAAUUUAUUAAUUGGUGAUUAUCGUGGCAUCGCGCCAGAUGCUAUGAAAUAUCAUAAUGAAAUGGACUUUAGUACGUAUGAUCGGCGUAAUGAUAAUACCGUAGUAGAUGCUUGUUGCCCUUGCGCUUUAAGUUACGCCAGUGGCUGGUGGUUCGAUAAUUGUGCCGAAACUAAUCUAAAUGGAAUUUAUCAUUAUACACCGUUACAUCAUAAUUAUAUAGGGGUCAUAUGGGAAUCGUGGCACGGUGACUACUCUUUACGCGAAACACGAAUGAUGAUACGUCCCAAGCAAAUUAAUCCGGAUUAUAAUAAAGAGGAUCCUUAG